UGACAGUGCAAAAGAGGAGAAAGUACGAAUGAGUGCCUACUGCCUACGUGUAGGUGAACACGUAACGGACCGUUAUUGGCGGAUCGGCCCGAAGCGCUCGCCUCCGUCCUUCCAGUACCAAUGACGUUGGAAACGCCCACCCCGUCGCCAAAUCCCUUCCAACGAGUCACGUUACGAGAUCGAAAACCAGUCGUUAGUUUUCUUUGACUGCGGAAUGUGCCUCUUCGCGCCCUCGACCUGCGUCAUUCUCAAUAUCAACAUUUCUUCGAUUAUUAUUAUUAUUAAUUCAAUUAUGAUUAAUAUCGAGUGAGGAAGACCCCGGAUUUGAUUGAGUCGUAAGUGUUUCCCAUUAAUCUUGGCCGCAGAAAUGGCAGCUAACAACAAACUCAGUGCUCAAGACAAAAAGGAUUUGGACAAAUUCACGAAGUUUCUCGCUCUCAAAUCAGCACAGAUUAUCGUCCAGUCAAGGAUGGGUGAAAAGAUAAACACUAAAUGCAAUCCAGAGACAUCAGGAACUGAUUGGUUUAAUCUUGCGAUUAAAGAUCUCCCGGAAGUGCUCGCAGAAGCCAAAUCUGCCAUGUACAAUGGUGGUUCACGGCUACCACUCUGCGUUGAGAUUUCACUUAGAACAGUUGAAGGUGACAUGAUGAUCCUUGAGACAUGGUGCGUCGGCGUCAGCCCGGAAAUCACAGACCCAUCAGUUAGAGUUACGUACACAGUCUACAACAGGAUGGGCAUUUUGUUAAAGAGCCUCGUCUCUGUGACGAGGGUGACCCCAGCGUACAAACUCUCAAGGCGGCAAGGCCCUGAUUCUUAUGUCAUCUGCUACAAGAUCUACGUCGGAGAGCCACAGUUCCACAGCUUAGGUGAAGGGUACAACCAGGUUAGGGUCGGACAGCUGAGCACGCCAGUUGGUACAAUUCACCUAUCUGUGGCCUACCGAACCAAGAUGACGAUUUCACCGCAACCUAGUAAAGAGACAUCGAUUAUGCUUAAAAGUGACCACUUUAGGCCAGAUUUUAGUCCAAAACAUCUCCGUUCCAACAACAUAGAUGAAAACAAUUCUUCAUUGAGUGAGACCAUUAAGAUGGGUGCAUUUGCCGACACAAUCAAAAAGGGAAGGAUUAGUAUAGAAAACGAACCGCUGAACGAUGUCCCAUUCAUGAGCUUGCUCAACGUUGGGAAACAGGCGAACAAAAUUUCACCCCCAGCAAUACCGCCAUCAUCUGAGCAACAUACGCCUAACCAGGAUGACAGCGAUAAUGGCAACAUCACACCAAGAUGCCCUUCGAUCACAUCACAUGAUGAUUUCAUUAUGGUAGACUUGAAAACACCAUUUGCUGGUUCAAAUGCCAACACAGAUCUUGGACUUUUUUAUCGAGAGUGCCAGUCGGCACCCCAGCUCGAAGGUUUCGACAAUGAACCAACUCUAGCCGAGCAGGUUGGUGACCUCACAAGGCAGCUCGAAGCUUUUGAGACCAACCUCAAAGAGUAUGACAACGUAAUUACCGAGCUUUGCCACAUAGAUAACAACAAUUGAGAAAUUGAAAAACUUAGGUUUUCCGACUAGUCCUCAUUUCACUUCUUUUCCAAUCCCCGUUAAAAAAAAGUGUUCCUCGAAAUGUUUACUGUUUAGCGAGCUGUACUGUGAUUUUUAUUUGUGGGCUUUGUUUGUGUGUGUGCUUGUGUGUAUGAAUGUAUAGCUAAUUACAUUUAUAAUAUAAUACCGGUUCCUCUUUAUGUUUCUAGGAAUAAUACAUAAAUUACUAUUUUAAAAAGGUUCUCAGUAUUAAAGAAAUGUAUUUAUUUAUUUAGAGAAAGAAACUUUGAAUGCUGAGAUAAUACGGGGUUAUUUCAAUGAUCCAUUUUGACCAUUUGGCUCCAAAAAAUGGGUGCCUUUUUUCCAUGUGUCAGAGGAAUAUUUCUAUCUAACCAACAUUCAUUUAAUAGUAGAGAACUGCCAAAACAAAUUGGAAACUUAGUAAAACUAAAUUUAUUGUUAUUAUUCCUGUUAGGCAUAGAAAGGAAACCGCAGGCUUACUGUGGUUCCUAACCUUAGCUAAUGGCAUCAAAUUUUGCCCAUUUCAUUGUUUUUACUGUAACUUAAACUGUUAUAUAAUUUAAUAGCAUACAUUUAGCGGGUUAGGACAGCAGUAGGAUUCCCCCCUUUUUUAUUUAUAUAAUCUGUAUUAUUUCUUACAAAAUGCAAAAGUUAAGUUUGUACUUUAAGUAUUUUUGGACUAUUUACCUGAAUAAUAAGCUGAUAAUAAUUGUAAUAGUAAAUUAGAAUAAUUCAAUUUAAAAAAUUGCCGGUGUUUUUAUUUGAUAGGUUAAGAAAGCUUAUAAAAGACAAUUUGUUUAAAGGAAAUAUUUGUGGCGAUUUUAAAAUAUCAAUAGUUCUAAUAUUGUCUAAUUCAUUGUUGAUUUAACAUUUAUUACUCCUUAUCAGCCAAUAAUAUUUAUUUUGAUCAGUUCACUGGUGUUGAAACUGUACACUAUCAAGAGAAAAUUAAAUUUAUUGCAAAAUUGAAUUUUUAAAGUUUUUAAUCAGAUUGUGCAUCUUAUUUACAAAUUUCAAGUGAAAAUUGUUAUAAAAUCAAUGCUCUUAUAAAUAACAAUCCAUGCCCUCUUAGUAGUAGCUAGGUUACUUAAGCCAAUUGUAAUUGUUUUCCUUAUGAACUUUUUAUUUGCUAUAAUGAAAAUAAGAUGGUGAGUGAAUUGGAAGAACCAUAAUAAUUUUUUUAAACAAUUUUUUUUUCCUUAAAUGGCGAGGCUAAUGGUUGGUUUUGAACCUGAUUUAAUUAUAAUUUUUAAAAAAAUUUGAUUUAUGUUUCUUGUAAUUGGAGGUAAAUUACUUCCAUUAAGACUGAUGCAUAAGAUGAUUUUUAGGUAAAUUUUUAGCACAAAGUUAAUUUAAAAUAAAUAUUUAUAUUGGAAGUUUCAAUACAUUG